AUGGCCCUCAUCGGCGAAAAACCGAAAGGCAUCAUCUAUCUCCUCCAAAAUGGGGGCUACGCAGGGUCUGCGCUGGGCUUCCGGGUGCCUUCUCUGCUCCGCCUGACGGACACCAAAGCCAACAGGCCCGGCAUGGACCUUCUCCACUUCAUGGCCCUGGAGGUUGAGAGGAAGGAGCCCGCCCUCCUCUGCUUUCCCAGCAAGCUGCCACACGUGGGGCCGGCCUCGCGGAUCGUGGAGGGCGAGGUGCUGGCGGAGCUGCGAUGCCUAGGGGCACGCCUGCGGGGGGCCCGGGGGUGGCUGGGGGCCCUGGGCUGGGAGGGGCGCCUGGGGCCCUUCCUGGAGGCGGCCGAAGCGGAGCUGGGGGCAACCUGGGCCUCCUGGGAGGGGAUGCGCCGCGCACAGGCCGCCCUGGCCGACUUCCUCUGCGAGGAGACCCUUGGCUUCAGCCUCCCCGACUCCUGCGCCAUCUUCCAGGCCUUUGCUGAGCGCUUCCAGGUGGCCGUCCAGGUGAGAAGGAGGAGGGAGGAGGGCCCUAUCCCCCUCCCCAAUCCUGCACAUGAGCCCCUUCCCAGGUUGGCAGGAGGACCACAUAAGGAUGCUCCUGUGCAAGCUUCUGAUGGGAAGCAGGAGAGGAAGCACGUCAGAGGCUCAAAGAGAGGGGAAAGCUCACUUCUCUUCUUGCAGGUAGAACAGUUCAGGUAGAAGAGGAGCUCAAGAGUGUCCCUUGCUCAGAGAGAAGAGUCCCCAAUGCUGACUCUGUCUCUCUUGAGGCUCUUUCUCAAGGAAAGGGACACAAAGGCACUCGAAAGAAAGGCUUCAGAGAGGAAGAAUUGGGAGGAAUACAGGAGAAGUGUGUCAUGCGCAGAUAUCUAUGGCAACAACACAACAAUGUAUGUCC